UCCGCUUGCAGGACGAAGUGAAGUAGAGCUGCGCCGCACAGCGAGAAGGCAUGAACAGACAAUCUGUCUCUCUGAAAAAAUGCCCCAGUUAGACAGGCUAUGUUAAGAAAAGACAUUUGGACUUGGAGAGAUUUUACGGACUCGGAAUCGCAGUUUUCCUUUGUGACCAUAUCUAUGUAGGACGUGGUGUCUGCGACUGCACUGAAGUAACCUAAAUUAGGUUCAUUUACGGCAAACGUGCAUUAAAAAAUACGCUCAAAGACAACAACCUGGACUACUCUUUUGGAACAGGAAUGGUUUAUCCUCCCGAAGGUUUAUUCUACAUCGAGAUGGAUCAAACACCACCAGCUCUUCCCCCCAGGUCAACAAAGCCAGUGUCCUCCACUAUGAACAACAACUGCCUUUCGCCACCUGCAUAUUCGCUGCAGGAUGCUGAAUGGUACUGGGGAGAUGUAACCAGGGAUGAGGUGAACGAGAAGCUCCGAGACAAACCCGAUGGCUCCUUCAUGGUGCGGGAUGCAUCGACAAAGCUGCAAGGAGACUUUACGCUGACGUUAAGGAAAGACGGUCACAACAAGCUCAUCAAGAUUUACCACCGUGAUGGGAAGUAUGGCUUCUCAGACCCCCUCACAUUCUCCUCAGUAGUGGAACUCAUCUGGUACUAUCAGCACCAUCCGUUGGUGGAAUACAACGCCACACUGGACCUAAUGCUCACCCAUCCCGUGUCCCGCUUCCAGCAGGUGAACGAGGACAGUGUCGACGCUGCUGGAAGGAAGCUGAAAGAGGUUCACAGUCAGUAUCAAGAGAAGACAAAGGAGUUUGAUCGGCUUUAUGAAGCUUUCACAAAGACCUCGCAGGAGAUCCAGAUGAAGCGAACCGCAAUUGAGGCCUUUAAUGAGACAAUGCUGAUCUUCGAGGAGCAGUGUCGUGAACAGGAGCGUUACGGAGAGGAGUUUGAGAGGAACAAUCAGUCCGACGGAGCCGACAAAGAUCUGGAGAGCUUUCUGAUAAAUUACGAGAAGCUGAAGUGUCGUCUUGGGGAGAUCUACGACAGUAAAAUUCAUCUGGAGGAAGACUUGAGAACGCAGGUGGAGGACUACAGAGAGACGGACAGGAAGAUGAACAACUUGCGGCCUGACCUCAUCCAGCUACGCAACAUCAGAGACCAGUACCUCAACUGGCUUAAUCACAAAGGCGUACGGCAGAAACGCAUAAAUGACUGGCUGGGGACACAAAGUGACAGCCUUGAUGACACGUACGUGUUGAAGGGAGACGAGAAAGAUUUGCCACAUCACGAUGAGACAUACUGGUUUGUUGGCGAACUGAGCCGGACGCAGGCGGAGGAGAUGCUUCAAGGUAAAGCUCCGGGAACGUUCCUGAUCCGUGAGAGCAGCAAACAGGGAUGCUACGCCUGCUCUGUUGUCGUGAAUGAAGAAGUAAAGCAUUGUAUGAUCUACAGCACACCACACGGAUACGGCUUUGCUGAGCCCUACGAUGUCCACUGCUCACUCAAAGAUCUUGUCCUGCACUAUCGCCUGCACUCCUUAGCUCAACACAAUGACGCCCUGGAUGUUCGGCUGUCACAUCCAGUACACGCCAAAGCUGCAGCCACGCCUUCUCAACACGCAGAGGAACACAAACUCUUACAGACUCCAAAACACACAGCGGGCCUCGCACCUGCAGCUCCGGAGAUGUAAUCCAAUGGAAAGAGACGAAAGGACUUGUUUACUGUAUCCUGAGAGAACGACUGCAUCGAUUUGCAAUGUGUAAAGUUUUGCACUACAAUGAUUCCAUCUGUUUUUGUGAAUGGGAUUUCACAGAUUGAAGUGGGACCGGAGCUUGAAUGUCAGUUUGAACUUUGUUUUUUAUUUUAUUUUUGUUUUUAACGGGACU